GAGCAGCGCGGCCGACUAUCUUGUUGCCCAGAUGUAUGUGGGGCCGUUUGGGCGGGUUAGGGCACCCAGGCCGACGGACCAUGUUCUUCUUCCGCCACCGGGAUACUUUGGAGUAUACCCGAUGAGUUUUGCUAAGGGGUUGAGGUUCCCCCUUCACCCUUUCAUCACCGAGUACCUGGACAUGGUAGGGCUUCCUCCGGCCUUGCUGACGCCGAACAGUUAUUCCUUGAUGGUGGGCUUUUUACUCCGGUGUGAGGAGCUGGGCUACAGGCCGACAACGGCCCUAUUCAUGAAUUUGUACCAGAUCGGCCGAGGAAGCCACAAGAACUGUGCGGCCUAUGCUACUCUUCAACAACUGCCGAAGAAGAGGAGCUUCACGGACUUGCCUUCGUCCAUUCAUGAGUGGAAGAGCAAGUUCGUUUUUGUAUCCCUGGGUGAGAGUGGCACCGAGUUUCCCUCCCUCGGCCAUACCGGGAGGUUCAAUCUCCAUGACCCGCCGAAGAGCUCUAUCUUGGACGCUCAGGUGGAGGCUUUCCUGGAAGGGGGGCCGAGGAGCGUAAAGGACUACAUUACUGAAUACAAGAUGACCGCCCUCGGCUUCUUUAGAUACCAUGUGUAUGGUGAUAAGGAGGAUGACCUCCAACACUGGCCGAGGAUGACCACCACCUUUGAAGACGCCGACGGCCCGGACUUGGGCAUUCCUGCUGAGGCCGAUGAUUUUGCGAUGGAUCGUCGUUCCAUAAUGGCUAUUGCCAAGGCCAAAGCGGCCGAGGAGUUGGCUGCUAAGGCGGCCGAGGCGGCCAGACGUGCCGCGGCCGAUGGGAGCGGGGCUACUACUGGUGCGGCCCCAAAGCCUGCCCCAUC